AUGGAAAUUUUGAAUAAAACAUCCAAAAAAAAGCCAAGUAAUUUAUGGAAAAUAGUUGAUUCGAAGGAAUAUCAUAAUCAUGUUACAAUUUCUACUAUUGUUUCAGCUACCAAAUCAGAAGAGAUUGAUGAUAAAGUAAUCUAUAUGGAUGAAAUAGAAAAAAGAAAAGAAGUAUAUGGUAUAUGUGAAGAAUGUGAUGAACCUGGCACAGGAGAAUAUUGGUGUCAACUUUGUAAUGCAAAAAGAUUUGAAGAAAACUUUAAAAAUUGGACUAGUGGAAAUAAAGAUAUUGAUGAAUUAAUACAGCUUAAUGCUGUAUAUUAUCCAAAUACCAAAGAUUAUAUGAUGGUUUUAGAAUAUUGUGAAAAUGGAAAUUUAAGAAAUUACUAUUUAAAUAAUCCUGAUUAUAAUAUGAAACUUUGUAGAUUAUCAGCAAUUGCAAAUGGACUGUUAAGUAUCCAUAAUGCUGGAAAAGUCCAUAAAGACUUUCAUUCAGGCAAUAUAUUAUGUAAUAUAGCUUUCUUUAUAAGUGAUUUAGGAAUGUGUCAACCAGCAAAUAAUAAAAAGAAAUCAGAUAAAAAAGGAGUUUAUGGAGUAUUACCUUAUAUGGCACCAGAAGUUUUACAAGAAGUGAAAUCCGAUAAUGAAAUUUGUUCUCAAAUGUGGGAAUAUGACAAUAAAAUUAGAAAAAAAAAAUUUAAAAACAAAUCAAAUGAAAAUAAGUCUGAAAGUAUUAAAACUCAUCCUCAAGCAAUCUAUACAAGUAGAUUGUUAAAUUUCAAAAAUCUCCCAGAACCAGUAAAUUCAUCAGAUUUAUCAUCAUUUCAAGUUAAUUCGGAUGAUGUUCCAUCAAUAUCAGAAAAUCUAAUUUCAGAAUGCUUUGAUUGUAAAAUUUAGUGAAUUAGAUCUCAACGAAAUUAAUCAAGAAGAUGAUAAUUUGAAUGAUAAGUCUUAA